CCGUAAAUCGAUACCGAACGCGUCGCAAAAGGCUCCGGGCUCCCGCCCGUUUUGCCUUCAGUGUCGCAAACGCGCCGGCGUUUGACGGCGGCCCGCUGCCGGUUCAUGGGGGGCCCUUGUGCAAGAUGGCGGCUCUACCUGAGGAGCCGCCUGAAGUGGUGGUGAAGCCGGACCCGGACGGGGGUGUCCUGCCGCAGCCCCCUCCGGCUCCCCCGCCCGCCGCUCCCCCCACCACGGCGCCGGCGGAGGGGGAGGUGGCGGGGGCCCCGGGGAGCGGAGGGGAGGCCGCUCCCCCCAAGCCGGCCCCCCCGGGUCCGGCCGCCUCCCCCGCCCCCACGGACCGGCAGACCCUCCUGGCCGUGCUCCAGUUCCUGCGUCGCAACAACCUCCACGAGUCCGAGGACAUCCUGCGCCGGGAGGCCCGGCUGCUGGGGGAGGAGGCGGCCGCGGUUGCCCUCAGCCCCGCGGGACCCGGCGCCCAGGGGACCCCUGGUGGGGAGACAGACGCCACCGGGGGUGAGGCGCUGCUCAGCCGGGUCGCCGCCGCCUCCGGAGCGGCCGGAGGGGGCGUCGCUGCUGGUGCCUCUGCAACCCCCAGCGGCGCCGCGACAGCAGCAGCGCCGCCAGGGAAAGUUGGAGGAGGUGUUCCUGUAGAAGAUCAGCCAGAUGUCAGUGCAGUGUUGUCUGCCUACAAACAGCAGGGGGACCCAGCGCUGUACGAGGAAUACUACAGUGGACUGAAGCACUUUAUUGAGUGUGCCCUAGACUGUCAUCGGGCUGAAUUAUCCCAGUUGUUUUAUCCUCUCUUUGUGCAUAUGUAUUUGGAAUUGGUCUACAACCAGCAUGAGAAUGAAGCCAAGUCUUUCUUUGAAAAGUUUCAUGGGGAUCAAGAGUGUUAUUACCAGGAUGACCUGCGUGUAUUAUCUAGUUUAACCAAAAAGGAGCACAUGAAAGGGAACGAGACCAUGCUGGAUUUCCGAACAAGCAAGUUUGUGCUGCGCAUUUCUCGUGACUCUUAUCAACUCUUGAAGAGGCAUCUUCAGGAAAAACAGAACAAUCAAAUCUGGAACAUUGUUCAGGAGCAUCUGUACAUUGAUAUCUUUGAUGGAAUGCCUCGCAGUAAACAACAGAUAGAUGCUAUGGUGGGAAGCUUGGCAGGGGAGGCUAAAAGGGAGGCUAAUAAAGCAAAGGUUUUCUUUGGCUUAUUAAAAGAACCAGAGAUUGAGGUGCCUUUGGAUGAUGAAGAUGAAGAGGGGGAGAAUGAGGAAGGAAAACCCAAAAAGAAAAAACCUAAAAGAGAGAGCAUGGGAUCAAAAAGUAAAAAGCAAGACCCUAAUGCUCCUCCACAAACCAGAAUUCCUCUUCCUGAACUGAAAGACUCUGACAAGCUGGAUAAAAUAAUGAAUAUGAAGGAAGCCACAAAACGUGUGCGUCUUGGUCCAGAAUGUUUGCCUUCCAUCUGUUUCUACACAUUCCUUAAUGCCUACCAGGGUCUUACUGCAGUGGAUGUCACUGAUGACUCUAGCAUGAUUGUAGGAGGCUUUGCUGACUCCACUGUAAGAGUAUGGUCUGUGACACCAAAAAAGCUACGCAGCGUGAAAUCAGCAGCAGAUCUCAGUCUCAUAGACAAAGAAUCAGAUGAUGUCUUGGAGAGGAUCAUGGAUGAGAAAACAGCAAGUGAGUUGAAGAUUUUAUAUGGUCACAGCGGACCUGUCUAUGGUACCAGCUUCAGUCCUGAUAGGAACUACCUCUUGUCCUGUUCAGAGGAUGGCACUGUCAGAUUGUGGAGCCUUCAAACAUUCACUUGUCUCGUGGGAUAUAAAGGACACAACUAUCCAGUGUGGGAUACACAGUUCUCUCCCUAUGGAUAUUACUUUAUAUCAGGUGGACAUGACAGAGUGGCUCGCCUGUGGGCUACAGAUCACUAUCAGCCUUUACGAAUAUUUGCUGGUCAUCUUGCCGAUGUCACAUGUACCCGGUUUCACCCCAACUCCAACUAUAUUGCCACGGGCUCAGCAGACAGGACUGUACGACUAUGGGAUGUUCUGAACGGGAACUGUGUAAGAAUCUUCACUGGACAUAAGGGACCAAUUCAUUCACUGGCAUUUUCUCCUAAUGGACGAUUCCUGGCUACUGGAGCAACAGAUGGAAGAGUGCUUCUCUGGGAUAUUGGCCAUGGUUUGAUGGUGGGAGAGUUGAAAGGGCACACUGAUACAGUCUAUGCACUCAGAUUCAGUAGAGAUGGGGAAAUUUUAGCAUCAGGUUCGAUGGAUAACACAGUCCGGCUGUGGGAUGCUGUGAAAGUAUUUGAAGACUUAGAAACUGAUGAUUUUACUACAGCCACUGGACAUAUAAAUCUGCCUGAAAACUCACAGGACUUGCUGUUGGGUACAUACAUGACCAAAUCAACCCCAGUCAUACACCUCCAUUUUACCCGCAGAAACUUGCUACUAGCUUCAGGAGCAUAUAGUCCACAAUAAACCAUGAAGCUGUAAGACUCUGCAAGUCAAUGAAGUAAAGACCUCAGGAUUACUACAGGAUUUGAGACAAGAAAUAUCUUAUACAAAUGGACAGCAUUAGCCUGUUGGUGGGGGAAACUGUAAACUAAGAUCCAAGCAAUGUCUUUUCAGUUACUAUUUCAUAUUUAGCCACAAUUUGAAAAUGCUGGAAAUUGACAAGACAUCACAGCUUUAAGGGAAGGAAUUGUUAUGGUGCUUUUGAUUUUUUUUGAUAAAAAAUAAUUAUGGAAAUGGCUCUCUUCCUUAUCAAGAGAAAUGGUAAUGGCUGUGCUGAAAACUUCAAUUUUUGGAAAGUUAAGGGUCCCAGUGCAUGUUCUUGAACAAUUUUUUAAAAGCACUUAGUUUACUGCUGGCAAACGUUUGAUCAGUCUGUGACAGGCAAAAACUAUUCUAAAUUCAUCUCUUCUGAAAUUAAUUUGGAGAGAGAACUCCUCAACUUGUGCUGAGUAGCAAGUAUUUGUGGCCAGAACAUUACCUUUUCCAUGCCCUACUUGUGGUAAAGGCCUGUGUUUUUACCUUUAUUUCUUUGAUAUAUAAUGGCCUGAAAGAUUUUCAAACUUCUUUGCUUGUUUUAUACUGUAGACAUGCAGCUUUUGUCAUCACUGCAUUUUCCAGGGUGGCUAAAAAAAUCAUGACUUGCAAGUACCAAAGAAGUAAAAACUAAACAUCUGUAAGGGGAGAAGAGAGUAUUUUCUGUUAUCUCAAAGUCUCAUCACCUAUUUAAAAAGUGAUCGGUAAAGGAAAAUAUUGGGCUUGUGCCCUUUUAUAUUUAGAGUCUGAAAUUUUUUUAAAAAUCCGCUUAUGUUUUGUCUGAGAAAUUCAGGAUCUGCAGAAGCUAGAAAAUUAAGAAGAGAAGUGAAGAGACGAGAUAGAAACUAUUGAAAGUUAAUAUUUAUUUAAAUUCAAUUAAAAGAAGUCUUUGUCAAGACUCAACUUUCAUCCCUUUUGUUAAGGUGCCCUUCUCUCAGUAAACAUCACCGAUAGUACCUACAACUCCUUCUGCAAAACUAGCAGACCUGAGAUUCUUGGUAUUUCUAAGGUAAAACACAAGCAGAACGUUUGGCUUUUUUUUUAAAUCCCUUCUUGUGUUUUUAUAAAAGUUGAAGCAGCAAAAAGGCCCAAUUUUCCAAAUCUUUUGCAGGUUACCUGGGAGGAAAGUGCUAUUCACCAUCCUCAUCACUUCAUUUAGGGAAUUAGAGCUCAUAGGCCAUAUACAGUAAUCUAAUACAAACAAGGAAGGUAAGAUUUGACAUUUCUAAGGUAAAGCAAGUGGGGAUCCCUCCUCCCCAAAAGCAGCAGCUUUACAGAAAGUGGAGAAACUUAAAUCAGUAGUUCACCUUGAAAAACACUUAUUAGGGAACAAAGCUUUGAAAGUACAUUAUUAACUUUGAGUCCCUUUUUCAAUGGCUGAGUUGGUAUGGUACUUGUACUUCAAUUAAACCUUCUCUCAGUGCUAGAUAGGAGCAGUCAGACUUUAAUUCAGAUACAGUGAAAUCAAAUAUGUGAAACACUUGACCUGCAACAGGAAGCAAUUACAACUUCGACAGCUAAAAAAAAAUCACUGCCACAUUCUGCCUUUGUAUUUUGUACAGUUUUAUACUUUUGAUAUUUUAUAAUAAAGACUCAAAAUAUUCUG